ACACCCAACGCGCGCCUUUAAAACUUUCAGAAUUCAGAUUCUUCUCUCUCACGUUUAGGAAACCUUGAGAAGCAGCUGCGAUGGCUAAUUCACCAUCUCAACAUGUUCCGAAUCCCGAAGAAUCUGAACAGAAGCUUUCUGCCCUCGUUUAUGAUAUGUCACAACACAUCCAGAUGGCAGUGGACAACAUGUUCAAGAUGAUAAAUGAAAUUGAGCAAAAUACAGCUGGAAUAAUGGAAGAGAUAGGGAAGUGCAAAGACUCUGCUAUUGAAAGGAAGAAGGACUUGGACGAGGAAAAAGAAAGAUUUCAGAAAGCUGCUUACACAGUUCUAGACAUGCUUAGCCGCAGAGACUAAAAACUAAGGUGUGGCUACUUGAUGGAGGUUCCUGCUUAUCAACGUUGUCGACUUCGGUGAGAUACUCUCUCUUUUGAAACUUUUUUACUAUGGGUUGUUCUUCGUCUGUAGUGUGAUCCACCUUAAGCAGACGUCAAAUAUCCAAAUAUGAUAGUUACUGUAUUUGAUGGAUGUCUUAGUUUAGCAAUAUAGAAUAUCCAAAUACGAAAAUUUGAGGCAAGGAUCGUUAUUUUAUACCUUUUUUUCAUAAAUUUUGAAAUAUUGGGGAAAUCGGCACAUGCUCAAAUCAAUAAAACUCGCUGCUUUUAGA